AUGGCUGACGGCGCGGAGUUCGAAACGAUGUUUGAAGCUGAUGGAGAGGCAGGUCAAGCCGAGGCUGGAGCCCUGCUGCCGCUGCCUCCAACUCCGCAUCCAGAGCAGAGGCCGGAAGUCAAUGCGACGGCGAAGUCGAAGAAGCGCAAGCAGCGUGCGGGGUUUCUGGCGCCCCGGAUGCGACGAAUGAACCAGAGGUUCGAGCAGAAAUGUAGGAAGGUGUUGGACCGCAUAUACGGCCAAGCCAAAACUCAAGGCGAAACCACAUGGUUGGCCGAGCAGAAAGCAGACGAUGCCAAAGUAAAGAAGAUGCUAGACCACUACCGCAAGAUCAUCGCCAGCGCGGAGGACACCAAGAAGGCUCGGUUCAUGGUCGCGCAGUACACGGAGGUCUACAAGACUGAGCAGGGCGUCGAGAACAUCGACGCGGGCAAGAUGAUGUGGGAGGACAAGGCCAUCGAUUAUUGGAAGACUACCCCGGGUGGUGCCCUUGGGGCCGACGAGGCCAAGGCAAAAUGGGAUGACAUGGCAGCGAACUACAAGGAGAGGAAGAUGUCCAUGGACAUGGGCGGACCGAACCCCAAGAAACCCAUGCAAUUGCGGGUGUUCAUGGGGAAGCAUGUCAACUUCAAGAAUGCUGCGACGAUUGAGAAGCAUAUCGAGAGGGCCGAGGCAUCGAUCAAGAACCGACUGAGGAAAAGUGGGACAAUGGGUACAGGCGCGAGCAGCUCCGAAAUGCAGAACGUCGCCAUCGGAAUGGUUUCUUCUGGCUCGGGCCAGGCGUUCAGCCAAGUGGGCAUGCAACUCCCAGACGUCACCGUCCUGGGCCGUCGCGACGACGAUGAAGAUGCUGACUUCAAGGAGGACCCCAUGGACGCAGCUGCUGGCAACAAGGGCGGCAAGGGCGGUAACAAACGCCCACGUGGAGGCACCGGCGGCCGCGACGAGGUUGAACCGAAGACGGCCAGGGCGGUUGUUGGGAAGCCGAAGGCGAAGUGGGUCGACAUCGCCGGCGAAGUCAAUGCGGCUCGUCGGACCUUGAGGACCCAGAUGAAUACGGCCCAGUCCUCGACGAAUGAUCUCCACAGCAAGCUCAAGGCGUCCAACGAUGACAUCAACAGCAUGGACGAAGCCAAGAAGAAGUUGUUCAGAGGCGUGUUGGCGUUGGCACAAGUGCGGUUUCAGGCCAUCGGACACGCUCAACCUGCUCCUGGACCUCAGGCCAGCCCGGAGAAGGCUGCUGCUGACGGGGCGAGCUCCGAGCUGGCGAGCCAGCAGCUCGGCCAGAUGCCACCUUGCGGCAGUCAAAACUUCGUCGACGAGCUGGACGGGGCUUCAUCGAUCGAUGGCAUCAAAGAGAUAACCAACAUAUUUCAGACGAACAAGGCUCCGACCACUGAUUUGAUCAACUGCUGCAACAAGGCGCUGAACGACAUCGCCAGAGCGAAGAAGACGAUCGAUAAAAAGAGUUCAAUGGCCUCGCAGCAAGCAGCUGUUCCAGUAAAGCUGGAAUCAGCGACCGUGGAGCUGUUCGAGAUAGCCCCGCAGAUCGGUCAGGAGAUCACUGCUUUCCCAGUGGCUGCGGAUGGUGUCGACUUUUCUGCGCCCUUCAUCGUCGGAGUCAGCCAGAACAAGGAGGCCUUUGAGAAGAUCGACGUCGUGACCGCGCAGAUCACUCAUUUCACGAAGCUGGUCGCGAAGUUCGAGCAGAAAAUCAGGAAGGAGAAGGAUGGCCGCACGUCUUGCAAGGUGCCUGAGAGCGCGCAGUCGUCUGUGCGCGAGUACGCCAAGACCUGCAUCAAGGACAUCAUCGUGGACUCUGCUGCGCCAGAGAAGGUGCGGGGUGGCAUGGCCCCGAAUAUCUUCGCCGUCAUGUUUGGGGUGGGCAGCUUCGGCACCGAGAAGGAGUUCCUGCCAAGUCUUCGCUUCGGCAUCUCGGGCGCGCGCAAGAUCGCGGUGACCGAGCUGCCUACUCUGGCCGCCUUCAUGGAAAGCCAGAAGGUGGACAUCGCGAAGUUACAGAUGCCAGACUUCAACAGCUACCGGAGGGGCUUCAUCUUCGCCGUGCGCGUGGCAGGCCAGGCCUCUCUCGGUUUCCGCGCGGGCGCCGCCGACCCCGACGACAAGGGGGUGGAGCGGCUCAAGAAGAUUAAAGUUUCGAAGGAGAAGGCAGGCAAGGACGCGUCGUGCCAGAAUGAGUGGAUCACGGCCCUGACGCCUCAGGACGAGUUGGCAGGAGGCAUCUGCCAGGGCCUGGGGUCAGAUCGCACGCUCGAGAGGCAGCGCUACUUCCCGCCGCGCGUGGCCGUGCCGGCCGCCUCCAGCCCGCGGUCGCCGGGCGGGCCGCCGGCUCGACCGCAGCGCGCCGACGCGGCCGCGCGCGGGGGCGGCCAGCCGGAGCCGGAGGCCUUGGCGCUGGCGCCUCCGAGCUCGCUUCUGGUGGCGCAGGCGCCCGUGGCCGAACGCGUGGUGCGGUCGCUGAAGACGGUCCGCUGGCGCGGGCGGCGGCGCGCUUCCAGCGGGCCGUACGAGGCCGCCACCUCGGACUGCGCCGUCUGCCUGGAGGCGUUUGCUGAAGGCGAGCUGCUGCCGCAGCUGCCGGCCUGCAGACACUUGUUCCACCGCGGUUGCCUGGAACCGUGGCUGGCGCGGCGCGGCAGUUGCCCCCGCUGCCGCGCGCCGGUGGACGCCGCCCUGGACGCAGCGCAGCAGGCGGCCGAGGACGGAGCGCGCGCGCUGGCGGCCGAGUGA